AUGGCAGUUGGUAGCGAUAGCAAUCAGGUUGGGGUGGGUGUGACUGGGAGCGUCUACUACCAUGCACGCGCCAAGGGCCCUAGACGCACCGCGAGUGUCCACGCUCCAAAAGCGAGUGGCGCGUGCUGCCAAUUGGCCAAACCGAAGUUGUAG